UUGAAGCUGAGCCAAGCGAUGGAAAUGUCAUUGUCGCGGCACCGGAGCCCGGAGAAGUGAGCGGCCGGGACACCUCUGCUCCGCGGCUGGAGAGCCGGACGGUCCCGAAAAACCAGCACAGCCCUGGGCAGAGGGGGCAGCAAGUGGGGUUUGUCACAGACUGCAAGGGCACAGGACAACACCUGGGGGCCGGGAGCUGUCCCACCACCCACCUGGGGUUUGGGACAUCGGCCUUUCCGCCGGACUCUGGCACCCGUCUGAGCCCGAUGAGGAGCCGGGGCUGUGCGUGAACCUAUGCAGACCAGGAAGAAAUACAUUUUCCUGACUUUCCUUGCCUCUUGGCUCCUGCUUUUCUUCUUUGGAGGAGACCAGCUGCGCCGUCUCUCUUUCUUUUCUGGGAGGAAAGCCGAAGCCCGGAGGAACUGGCCCCGCUGGACAGAUCGGUCCCUCCUCAAAAACUUUGUGGACCCCGAGGAGCUCCAGAGGGAUGGGGACCCCUCCCUGCUGUCCCCCCGGGAGCGGCGGGCGGCAUGGCUGAGCGUCUACAAGAGCAGCAGAUGCCGGAUGGAAACCUGCUUCGACUUCUCCAGGUGCGAGAGGAACGGCUUCAAGGUGUUCACCUACCCCCAGGAGAGGGACCAGCCCACCUCGGAGAGCUACGGCAAAAUCCUCUCCUCCAUCCAGCGCUCCCGCUACUACACCCCAAAGCCCGAGGAAGCCUGCCUCUUCAUCCUCAGCAUCGACACGCUGGACCGCGACCACCUCUCGGCUCAGUACGUCCGUGAUGUCGAUGAGAAAAUCCGCGGCUUCCCGCUCUGGAAUGGCGGCCGGAACCACCUCAUCUUCAACCUCUACUCGGGCACCUGGCCCAACUACACCGGGGACCUGGGCUUCGACAUCGGCCAGGCCAUCCUGGCCAAGGCCAGCUUUGACACCGAGAGCUUCCGGCCCGGCUUUGACGUCUCCAUCCCUCUCUUCUCCAAGGACCACCCGCAGCGCGGCGGGGAGAGGGGGUGGUUGUAUCAGGACUCGGUGCCCCCGAAAAAGAAGUACUUGUUGGUGUUCAAGGGGAAGCGGUACCUGACCGGCAUCGGCUCCGGCACCCGGAACGCGCUGCACCACAUCCACAACGGGAAGGACAUCAUCUCCCUCACCACCUGCAAGCACGGCAAGGACUGGGAGAAGCACAAGGACACGCGCUGCGACAAGGAUAACGUCGACUACGAAAAGUUCGACUACCAGGAGCUGCUGCACAACUCCACCUUCUGCAUCGUGCCCCGGGGCAGGCGCUUGGGCUCCUUCCGCUUCCUGGAGGCUCUGCAGGCCGCCUGCAUCCCUGUGCUGCUGAGUGACGGCUGGGAGCUGCCCUUCGCCGAGGCCAUCGACUGGGGCAAAGCUGCUGUCGUGGGCAGUGAGAGGCUCCUGCUGCAGAUCCCUUCUGCCGUCCGCUGCAUCCACCCAGAGCGCGUGCUGGCUUUCCAGCAGCAGACCCAGUUCCUGUGGGAUGCAUACUUCUCCUCUGUGGACAAGAUCGUGCACACCACGCUGGAGAUCAUCAAGGACCGUCUGUCUCCGCACCGUUCCCGCUCCCGCUUCCUCUGGAACACGCUGCCCGGGGGGCUCCUGGUCCUGCCCGACUUCUCCACCCACGCCGGGGAUUUUCCCUUCUACUACCUGCAGCAUGGCUCCAGCCCCUCCGAGAAGUUUACAGCCUUCAUCCGGGUGGUCUCACAAGCGGGUUCCCUCUCCCAGCCCAUCCUCAGGCUCAUCCAAGCCGUCUCUGGAUCCCAAUACUGUGCCCAGAUCCUGGUGCUGUGGAGCUGCGAGAAGCCACCACCACCGAGCGGGAAAUGGCCCCAGACCACCGUGCCUCUGACCAUCAUCCAGGGCAGGAGGAAGCCCAGCGACCGCUUCUUCCCCUACACGGCCAUCCAGACGGACGCAGUGCUGAGCCUGGAUGAGCACACCAGCCUCUCAACCAGCGAGGUGGACUUUGCCUUCGCGGUGUGGCGCAGCUUCCCCGAGCGCAUCGUGGGCUUCCCCGCCCUGAGCCACUUCUGGGACCCCGAGCAGGGGCGCUGGGGCUACACCUCCAAAUGGACCAACGAGCUCUCCAUCGUCCUCACCGCCGCCGCCUUCUACCACAGGUACUACCACAGCCUCUUCACCGAGUACCUGCCGGCGGGGCUGCGGGAGCUGGUGGACGGCCUGGCCGCCUGCGAGGACAUCCUGAUGAACGUCCUGGUGGCCGCCGUCACCAAGCUGCCCCCCGUCAAGGUCGCCCAGAGGAAGCAGCACAAGGACACGGUGCCCCAGCAGGUAGGGUGCAUGGGCGGGGGUGUGGGGACCCCCCCGAGCGGGGAGUGCAGCCCCUCACCCCCGCGCUGUCCUGCUGCCAAGGUGAAGGGCACGGUGGGGGCGGUUGGCAGCCGGCGUUUCUCCCAGCGGCAGGACUGCCUCAACCAGCUGGUGGACUGGUUUGGCUACAUGCCCCUGGUGUCCUCCCAGCUGCGCCUCGACCCCGUCCUCUUCAAGGACCAGGUCUCCGUCCUGCGCAAGAAAUACCCACGCUUGGAGAAACCCUGAGGGCUGCCAGGCUGCCCUGGGUGCCCUGCUCCCGGUGCACGGAGCCCUCUGGGAGCAGGUGGUUGCUGCUGCUAACGGGGUUUUACUCGUUAUUGGGUUUUACCAGUGCAAUAAAGGAGGGUGGAGAGGCAGAGUCUGUGGCUGUAGAAUGUGGGGAGCACUGGGAGCACUGGGAGUGCUGGUGUUUGAGUGCACCAUUGCUUAUGCAUUUGGCACCUUGGGAAUAACCCGGGCAGCUCCUGGCUGCACAUACAGCUCCCCCAGCCCCGCGGGGAGGGCGAGUCCUUCACCUUCCUGAGGGCAAA